AGCUGGCACCGACCAAUGCUGACUGCAUGCAUGCCAACGCGACUGUCUGUGGCAGUCCGAUCUGCAGGCAUAGCUCCGGGCCGAAGAAGAGAAGGAGUUGAUGGAGGCACAGUUCGCCAAUCGCUUGCAUGAGACCCUUGCAACAAGCCUAAAGCCAGUACAAGUCAGUCAAUAUUGCUUGGUGGGCCGUCUUCUAAGUUUCAAGUGUUCGGCGAAACGAGGCGCUCAGUUUUAGACAUUCAAAAUUCCACAAUCUUCCUAUUGUUGCGCCUUUUCCACUUUUCCCAUUGCCAGUAUUCCUUCUGGAAGUUUACUUUGGAGUCAGUGUAGUGUCCAGAGGCUGUGGUGCUGGAGACAUGAGCGGUGCUGUGCUCAAAGAAGGCUUUCUUGUAAAAUCUCCUCCUCUCGAGAGUAGAUUAUCGCAAUGGAGAAAGCGCUAUUUUCGGCUGAGAGAGUCGGGCCAUUUAGACUACUACAGUAAUGAAAAGAAGGAAGUGAAGGAUAAGAUUGAUGGCAUCAACCUGGGAAAUUGCACGGCAGUGGAGUUAUUGUCGGAGUAUGAAGGCAAGGAUUUCUGCAUCAGAGUCAGCACGGCCGACAGAGUGUACGUGUUCAAAUGUGGCAGCGACGAUGAGGUGCAGGACUGGUAUAGGCACAUCAAGGCAGCUAGAGACGCAGCCUGUGGGAUACAGCCUGUCAGUGUUGACGGUGGAGAUCUUGGAGCAUCGGCACGCCCACUGCCAACCCUACCUCGAAAUGAUCCUGCUGCCGCUGCUGCUGCUCCUGCCAAUCGCAGUCUUUCCCCAUCCGCCUCGUUUGAUGAAACAAAGCGACCAAAAAACAAGCGAGUAGAUACAACCAAGGGAAGAGUGUCGUAUCCUGAAAUAACACCACUAAGCAAUCAUCACUCGGCUGGAUACCCGGGUGGCUCAGCCUCAGGUACCGCUGGUGCUGCUGGUGGUCUACCACCUUCGCAUGGUCCAGGUGAUGCUAGAGGGUCUAUAAGUGCAUCUAGUGGCAGACCGCCAAACAGAAAAGAUGGCUACACCAAAAUUGACUUCUCAAGCAAGCAGCCUAAACCACCACCAGCAGCAGCAGCAGCAGCAGGACAGAAACCGGCACAGCAGCGUAUCAGCUACACACCAGUGGAGAUUAGAGGGAAACCGUCGGAGUCUAACACUGUACAAAGUGUAGCAGCACCGGCUACUGCCAAUCGUAUCAACUACACCCAGGUGGAUUUGAGUGCCAAAUCUCGCCCCAAGUCGAACACUGCUUCUGCUGGCAGUACUAAGAACGCGGCGUCACGAGUCAGCUACCAUCAAGUAGAUAUCUCUAAGACGGAAAACUAUCGACGCCCUUCUGCAGAGGCUGCCGUGUCUGCAAGUGUGCCACCAGUGCGAGCGUUUGGCGAGGACGAGCACAGUGUACAUCCAUCGUCGUCAUCGGCACCGACUGAAGAGUAUGAGCAAAUGGAUCCAGCAGCUGUGAUUCCCCCAUCGGCCCUGGCGAACCAAGAUGAGUAUGAGCACAUGGGGAGUGUGGAACCACCAACCCUGCCGCAACCAGGACGCCCUAAGCCAGCGCCUCGUCACUCGCUACGCUCAGCAAAUAGAGACUUGCCUGGUUUACCGCAGCCAGGUAAUGGUGGCCUGCCAGUUCUGCCACCCAGACCAAGAUAAGCAACAAGCUCACGGUGUACCUCCAUGCAGUGUGACAACUGUGAUCUCCUCCUGGCAUGGACCUUGUUGGUGUUACUGGCGUUGAUCGGGAACCAACCCCAAUGUAUGUUUGUAAGGUAGCCGAUCGCUCUUUCUUCACGGGAUGAUCGACCUUGAACCCUUUUCAGAACCGUUCGUAUAUCUUUUUUUCUCUCUUUUAGACCACGCAAAGCUCCUGUAGCUAAUAUCCUCGAUGAUAGAAAAAGCGGACUAGAGUAUGGCUAAAUGCAUAUGGGCUGCUUGGACAAUUUCUGCUGUACCCUUGUGCCCAGCUGGCUCUAAAGCACAUAGAGAAUCCUCUGUUAUCUAUCAGUGGCCUUUCCUGUUUUGUGAUAGAAAAACAGCCUAGCAGGAUCUUUGAAAGUCGCAGCAUGCUUCAAAUCCUUUAGAAUUAGAGUGUAUAUUGGUGUACUUGAGCUGCGCCAUUGGCGAAUAGAUGCAUGAGCUAAAUUGUUAAAAAAAACAUAUUUAUGUAGUAGCUGUUUAUGCUUCCAGUAUGCCUGUACACAGUAUGUAUUGUCGGCAUGCACACUGCUGUGAUCCCAAGAUUUAUUGCAAUACUUCAGUAGUUACGAGUAUUGUUCGUGCAACGUGGCUUUUAAUUUUGA